CAGCGUACAGUCGCGCCAACAGAAAUUUAACGAGAGCCAUUCGACUUUUAUAGGCAAUUAUCGGAACAACGAUGUCCAGAAGGACGAUUUGAACACGAUGGGAACGGACAUCAAAAAGUUCGAAAACCGCGUGAAAAAUGAUCUCCAACGUCUGGAAGUACGGUUGACGACUGAAAGUGUGCGAUGCAGAGACGUGGAAAUUGAAAAUACGAACGAGUUGAUCCGCAAGUACGAACAGCUGAACAUGCGUCUGACUAUGGUCGAAAAAAAUAUGAAUAACGGUUCGUUGCUUGGAACGCAUAGUGUGAUGAACACCGAUGAAGACAAAAAUAACCAGGCUGCUAAAGCACUUCCUGCGCCACUAGUCAGUCCUGCACCAUUAACGACUUCUACUUCAUCGGAGACUCCUGUGGAGCCACCACGCGUAGUACCUAAGUCUCCUGCACCGCUACCACUACCAACGGUUUCGGUGUUUUCACCUCCUUCACCGUUAAAUGCCUCUCGAAGACCGGACGAGGAAUUUGAAGCGGUGUUAACGAUGGAAAUGUUUAAAAAAAAAAAUCUUAAAAAACCCGAAGGAAUACCAAAAAAGGUUUUUAAACUACCUGCUAGUGUUUCAAAAAAUGAUAUUUAAA